CUUAUGGAUUUGGAUUUGGUUUUUCUUUGAGUCUGAGAGUCUGACAUCGCGUACAAUUUAUUAGAUUAUAUUAAAAUAGGUUUUUAAUUUUAAUUUAUAAGUUUAAGCACAAGCAGUUGUUUAACAAUUGAGCAUUUAAUGUCCAAAAUGACUACCGUAAAUAUAAACUCAAGAAAAAGUCCAAACAUCCUAAAGAAACAAGGCACCGACCAGUGGGUUAAGCUAAAUGUUGGUGGGACAUAUUUCCUAACAACCAAAACCACAUUAUCCCGUGAUCCAAAUUCGUUCCUGUCGCGUUUAAUUCAAGAAGAUUGUGAUUUAAUAUCCGAUCGGGACGAAACAGGAGCAUACUUGAUUGAUAGAGAUCCAAAAUACUUUGCACCAGUGCUGAAUUACUUACGCCAUGGAAAACUGGUACUUGAUGGUGUCUCAGAAGAGGGUGUCCUUGAAGAGGCUGAAUUCUAUAACGUAACCCAACUGAUAGCUUUAUUAAAGGAAUGCAUUAAUCAUAGAGAUCAGAGACCGCAUAUGGACAAGAAGCGUGUAUACAGAGUUUUGCAAUGCCGUGAGCACGAACUGACACAGAUGAUAUCAACUCUCUCAGAUGGUUGGCGAUUUGAACAAUUGAUAAAUGUUGGCAUGCAAUAUCCCAACUAUAGUCCUUUCGAAAACAAUGAGUAUCUAUGUGUUGUUUCGAAGGACUGUCUAACGCCAGCCGGACGUGAAUUGGAAUUAAAUGACAGAGCUAAAGUUCUACAACAAAAAGGCUCUAGAAUUCUUGGAAUUUAAACAUUUACAAAAUGUUAUUCACAAUAAUUUUUUUCGCAACUAUACACAAAAAUACAUAAAUAAUAUUAAUUAUAUAAGAGAGUACUAUUAUUGUCAUCAUAAAAAUUCUUAUUAUUUAAUUUUCUAACAAAAUAUAAAGAUUAAAACCAACACGACAAAAAUGUUAAAAAACAAAAAAAAUAUAAAUUUAAAUUAACAACAAAACAAAACAAAAUGCUUACAACAUAGUAACAAAUUUCAUGUUUAAGUGCAACUUGUAAGGCAUCUUAAACAAAAUUGCAAAUUUGAAUUUGUUGAUUAAAAAUUAAGUUAAAAUUCAUAUCUAUUUAAAUUUGUUAUGAAAAACAAUCAAAAUGUAAUUCAUUUAUCAAGAUUUAUGUAAACAUUUUUGUUUAUAAUUUGGACAUUUAUUUAAAACACAAGACAAGUCAAAAAUUGUCUUAAUUUAUCAUUAUAAAUAUUAUUAUGUAUAUCGACUCUGGAAUUAAUGAAGCAUUUUUUUUAGUAAUAAUUUAAACAGGUAUAGUAAUAUAAAUAAAUUAACAAUUUUUCUUAAACAAAAAAAGAAGUAUACAACAAAAACUUGACACAAAAUAUAUUUAACAAAAUAAGGAAAAUAAGGAGACGAACAUAAAUUGUUCAAUGCAACUUACAAUUUGUAAGAAAGUUCAUUAUUAUGUUAAGUUAUAAAUUAAUAUUAUUAUAUUUAUACAAUAACCAAAUAUUAUAUUCUGUCACUUUUCACUAAUGUGAAAACAAAAUAAAUCAUACUCACUUUCACUUCACAUUCAUUUUUACACACUCAAAAAUCACAAACAAUCACUCAUCAACACGUUCACAAAAGUUAAAACACAAAACAUUUAAAAAAUUCGUAGGAGGAUCAAAUUUAAAAUUUAGUAUUAAAAUUAAGUAACAACAAAAAAUUUAAAUUUAAUAAAUAAACAAUUCUUGUACACAUACGAUUUGUUAAAUGUGAAUAAACAACAAAAAAAAUAAUAAUAAAUAAAGUACCGAAAAAACAUAAAAUAAAAUUAAGACCCAUUUACUGAAACUUAACGUUGACAUUUUAUGUAGGGAGUAAGUCAUUCGAAAUCGACAGCGUUUUUGGGAUAAGAAAUAAGAUCUUAGAAGAGGCUUUAAGUUGCACUUAAAUUACUAAUAUAUGUAAGUGCCGAUCAGUAAGCGGGUCUAAUUCUCAUACUCUUAAAAUAUUUUAAAAUGAACAAAAUUAUAGCAAAACAAAAAGAAAUUAUUUCACAACAAUAAAAACUUUAAACUAUUUAAACAAUUAAAUUAAAACAAAAAAAAGAAAAUAAUAAAGAAAUCGAACCUGGUGCUCCAAGCUUUCGAUCAUUCGCUGCUGAUUGAAAAAAUAUGUUGUGGUGCAAGCGUUGUAUUUCUUUUAACCAUCGCAAUUUAGGGCACUCAUUAUAAAAAGUGUUAUAAUAACAAAAACUAUACAACAACAAACAAAAUAUAUACACAUACAUUUUUCCUACGGACCUUAACCAAAUAAAUUUAAACUUAAAAAACAAAAA